AGCUCACUGAGCGGCUCCGUGAGUGGUAGCCUUCCUUCACCUACUAUUUUGUACCUAACCUUUUCUUUGAUAAAUCCAUGUAAACGGAAGAUACACUUGUAUAAUUAUACAUUCCACUACAUUUAUAUUUCACGUUAUCUCGUUCGUGGUACUAUUACGAUCAUCGAUACGUAUUUUGAAUAACGAUGCUAUGAGAGAAGUUUCAUUUCUUUUCCCAUAACCUAUUACUUUUAUUUCACGUCGUUGCCUGCGAAAUCUAAUAAAAAAAAUGGAUAGCGAGCAAGAACAGUACAAAGCUUAUCAAGAAGAUCCACGUAUUCCCUGUCGAUUCGGAGUCAAGUGUUAUCAGAAGAAUCCUAUUCAUCACAAAACGUACAAACAUCCACCUGCGAAAGACACACAGAAGAUUGUAAAACGCACACAAAAAAGAAAAGAGCCAAGUAAGAGGAAAGAAAGAAGCGAGAAUGGAACGAGUCCUUCUCCAGAGAAAAAAUUUCAAAAGAGAUGCGAUAGCACAAUCGAUGAAAGCUCAGCCGACAAAGACAUAGAACAUACUGCUAACAAUACCGUGAAUAACGAUAAAGAAAAUAGCGAAAUCGUAGAAGAUGAAUCAAGUACCCAAGCGCUAGAAUCUAUAAAAAGUUCGAUCGAUUGCAUUACCAUAGCAUCAUUAUUAAAAGAUUGCAAUGUUAACAUCGAAAGUGGCACAUUACUUCCACCCGAUGCGCAAACAGUUAUUUCCCAUCUGUUUCUAACCGAAAUGCCAGAAGAUUUUUUUCAGUUUUUUGAAUUUCUUCAGAGCAUUUCCAAAGACGAUCCAUUGAACGCGUUGAAGGAUAUUCACUUGCAACUCGUGGGUCCUUACGAUGUUUUCGAAAAGAAAUUUUUCAAUCUUAAAGUUUGCGACAAGAAGACACUGCUGAGGCAUUGGAGAUAUUAUUACGACCCACCUGAAUUUCAAACUGUUGUCAAAGUCGACGAUAAAGAUGGACUGCAUUUCGGUUACUGGAGGGAUGAACCCUCCAAGAUGCCUGUAUUCGUAGCUAUGAACAAAGAAAAUGUAAAUUGCACAAUUGCACCUGUCGCAGAAAAUUUAUUUGGGAUGCUGGACUGGUUUAUAGCAGAAAAACUGAAACAGGCCAAUCCAUUUAAGAAGAUGAGCAUAACACUGCUGCAGCAAAAACUAAAGAGGUACGCCAGAGAAAAGAAUAUAGCAUUGGACAAGCAGACGAGUAAUAUGCAGGCUAGAGAAAAGAAGGUUGUCGCGAAGACUUUCCAUAAGGCUGGUAUUGUGGUUCCAUAUGAUAGGAAGACUGAAGUGGGGUACAGAAAGUUGGCAGUGACUGAUCAUGAAUUGAAACAAAUAUUGGAACAGAUAGAGAAUGCUUCAACAUCUGAAGCAAAGAAGAUAUCGAUAUCGAAGAUAGAGGAAGUAAUAAGAUUGGCAACGAUCGCAGCUGACGAGUAUGAUUUUGGCACGUGCUUGGAAUUGGGUCACGAUUUAUUUUCCAGCGGUCUUCCUUUUGUUCAUAACAAAGCGUUGAAUAUGCUUUCCCUUGCUUAUAAUCUUCUCCAAAGAGAAGAAUUUUCAGAAAUUGCUGGGGCACAUUUGGAAGAUAGGAGGCACGGUUCGAACUUGAGCGUCGUUACUUAAUUAUUAAAAUAAUAAUAAUUACAGUGUUAUGUAGGGAUUAAAAUGAAAGAAUUUUAUUGUAUUUGUACACAGACAUUGGUAGCAUACUUUAUAAGCGAAUGAUUAUUUUUGGCAUUAUUUAAUAAUUAUUUAUUAUUUGUACUUUUCCAAAUUUCGUGUUUUCUUCUCUACCACUACUAGUUCAAGUUCAAGUCAAAUAUCAGAUUUAUGAAAUUAUCAGAAAUAAUUCUAAAAAACAAUAUCUCUGUUCUACUUCAAUAUCUUUCUUAUUCUAACUAUUAAAUCUUGCAGUAAACCUAAUCAACGAUGGGCGAUUACAAUUCUUUUUACAUCCAACGUUCCUUGGGGCGACCAAGGCGCCAGUUUGUGCUCGUACUAGGUAUUUUCCCGGCGCUCGAUGUAGUGCGCACACGUGAGUUCGAAGCAACGCGCGUUGAGGAACGGACCAAUCGCAACGCGUCUUUAGAUUCAACCAAUCAAAUUUAUACAAUUAUCAAAAGUAAUUCUAAAAAAUAAUAUCUCUGUUCUACUCCAACAUCUUUCUUUAACUAUUAAAUCAUGCAGUUCUUAUCUUUUUUUUUAUCUUCUUUACAUCCAUCAUUUUUUGGGGCAUCUAAGAGCCCAUGCUACUCUGGCGCUGUGAUUGGUCGGUUGUUUUUCUUAAUUCUAGGACAUUCUGUAUAUUAUAAUUACAAUAAUACAGAAAUAUAUUUUAUUUACUAAG